AUGCUUGCCAUCGUCUCGGCCAUCGCUCCCGCCUUUGCGUGCUACGGCGGCAAGGCUCCGUGUGUCAAGCUCAACAGUGGCGUCCUGAUGCCGGCUGUCCAGCUCGGGACUGGCGCCUCAGCCUACCUCAACCAUUGUCACGAGCCGCUCCCGAACCCACCGUUCAGCAACAUGAGCUGCUUCAAGCGGAUGGCGCACGCGUCGGCGAAGCUCUGGCUCGCGGCUGGCGGUAGCGCCAUCGAGAUGGCGCAGGUCGACCGGAACUCUGUCCCUGUUGCGCGGGCCAUCGAGGACGUGCCGCGGUCGCGCCUGUUCCUGGACACAAAGUGCUGGGGCUCGCAGGGCUUCGCGGCGACCAUCGAGUGCGCCGCCGACAGCAUGCAGAUGCUCGGCGCGCCAGAGUGUUGGGGCUCUCCGGUUUGGGACCAGCGGUGCGACGCGCCUGCGCCGCUGUACGACCCAGGGCCGGCGCAGCGGCGAGAGAGCUGGCGCGCGCUUGAGUUGCUCGUUAAGGCGCCUGAGGCGGGCCGGGUCCGUGCCAUCGGCCUCUCCGACUUUACCGCCAAGCAGGUCGAGGAGGUUCUGCCGCACGCGACGAUCCUUCCCGCUGUGCUGUCGACGCAGUGGCACCCGGGCAGGCACGACGACUCCUUGCUCGCCUUCGCCAAGGCGCACGGCAUCACGCUGCAGGCGUGGGGCGCGCUUGGGGCGGGUGUCUGGGGGCCGAGCAUCCUCAAGCACCCCGCUCUCGUCGCAGCGGCGGCGGCGCACAACGUCGCGCUGCGGUGGUCCGUCCAGCAAGGCGUCGUCGUCAUCGCCGGCACUGCAAACGAGGCUCACAUGGCGGCGGACCUCGACUUGUGGGGCUUCGAGCUCAGCGAGGCAGAGAUGAAGGCGAUCUCGGCGGUGGGCGAGGGCGGCCGAGCUCACUUGCACGCGACUGUCGAGCCGCCCUCGAGCUGGUUCAAGGAGCUACACCUCGUCGACCUGGUUGGCGGUCACCAUCGCGCGGACCACAUGCUGCGUGCGCCCGUGCUCGUCGUCCUUCUCUGCCUCUUGCUCCUCAAGUGCGUCUCCUCGUACGACAAGGUGGCGGUCUCCCCAUACGACAAGGUUGCGGUCGUGGCACCCGCGCCCGAAAAGGUGGCGGCAAUGGCUCCCGUUCCCGCGCCACGCCGCAACCUAGCGGGGGCAGGAGCGCCCGUUGGGCCUCGGCGGGGGCGGCGGAUCAACAACUUCAACCCCGACAAGUACAAGCUGUCGCUGUGGCGCCAGCCGAUUCCUGGCAACGGAACACUCAUCUGGUCGCUGGGUGAGCACCCGCCUACGCCGACGCGGCGGCAAUCCAAGGCCACGCUUGUCUAG